GGAUGGCCGAGUGAUCAGAUUAGAGGUGUCAGUGUUCGUUAAUCUGUGAGGGAGCGACAGGCAGCUACACGCGCUGCUUUAGCACGUCGGUUCAUUCAGCGGCGGUAGAGGGGAGUGGAACAGAUUGUAUAUUGACGUCCAUCGGGGAAUUUCCCCUCUUUUUUACAAUGGAUUCCUGCGGGGUACGAGCCUGGGUGUUUCUGUUCCUGCUGUGGCAGGACGGUUGUUGGGCAUCGCAGUUUCCGACACAGCUCAUGAUUAAAGAAUGGGUUGAUCAGAUGCAGAAAGAGCUUGUUACCCUGGCAGACACAGCCGCAGCUGGGAAGAGCCUCACUCAGAUUUUUCUGAGAAACCAGCACCUCUACACUGUGGAGCAAAACGAUGCAGAGGAGCUAGUGGCCAGAGCAGCCAGGAACAUAGAGCAGCUGCUACGCAAGAGGUCUGCUGCCUUGGAGAAACUGGCCACAGCUGCUGAAGAGUUCCAAAUGAAGCAUCAGUGGAAGGACGAUUUCGAGGAUGAUGAAAUUGCCUACUACAAUGCAAAGGACAAUCUGGAUGCAAAUGAGACAGAGGGAAGAAAGAACAGGAUUCGACCAGACUUUCAAGAGGACCCCUCGUUUAAACGUUUGACUGACUACAACCACACGGCUGUCCACAUUCCCACUGACAUCUAUGAUGGCUCCACCAUUGUGCUGAAUGAAUUAACCUGGACGGAGGCACUGGAGGAAGUGUUUAGAAAGAAUAGAGAGGAUGACCCAACCCUACUCUGGCAGGUGUUUGGCAGUGCCACUGGCCUGGCUCGCUAUUAUCCAGCUUCUCCCUGGAUGGAUGCUCGUAAGACCCCGAGUAAAAUAGAUCUUUACGAUGUGCGCAGGAGGCCAUGGUACAUUCAAGGAGCCGCCUCACCGAAAGAUAUGCUAAUUCUCGUGGAUGCGAGUGGGAGUGUGUCUGGCUUGACGCUAAAACUGAUCAGGACCUCUGUCAGCGAGAUGCUGGAGACUCUUUCUGAUGAUGACUAUGUCAACGUAGUCAGUUUUAACACCCUGGUGAAAAACACGGCGUGCUUCGACCGUCUGGUUCAAGCCAACGUGAGGAACAAAAAGCUGCUGAAGGAUGCCGUGCAGAACAUCAGCGCUAAAGGAAUUACAGACUACACAAAGGGCUUUGAGUUUGCUUUUAAGCAGCUCUCUGCAACUAAUGUGAGCAGAGCAAACUGCAACAAGAUUAUCAUGCUGUUCACUGAUGGAGGAGAGGAAAGAGCCCAGGCCAUAUUGGAGAAAUAUAAUGCUGACAAAAAGGUUAGGAUCUUCACCUUCUCAGUAGGACAACACAACUAUGACAAAGGACCCAUUCAGUGGAUGGCCUGCUCGAACAAAGGUUAUUUCUAUGAGAUUCCAUCCAUCGGAGCCAUCAGAAUAAACACACAGGAAUAUCUAGAUGUCCUGGGAAGACCUAUGGUUCUAGCAGACAAGCAGGCCAAACAAGUCCAGUGGACUAACGUAUACCUUGAUGCGCUGGAGCUCGGUCUCGUCAUCACUGGAACGCUGCCUGUCUUCAACAGAACCAAGACCGUAGAUAAAAGAAACGAGGAGCACCAGAAUCAGUUGAUUCUUGGCGUAAUGGCGAUUGACGUGUCUCUUGAUGACAUCAAGAAGCUCACACCACGCUUCACAAUUGGUCCAAAUGGCUACUACUUUGCCAUAGAUCCCAAUGGAUAUGUGCUGCUGCACCCCAAUCUCCAGCCAAAGAAUCCUAAAUUUCAGGAGCCUGUUACUCUGGACUUUCUGGAUGCUGAGCUGGAGAAUGACAUCAAAAUAGAGAUCAGGAGAAUGAUGAUUGAUGGUGAAACAGGAGAGCGCACCAUUAACACUCUGGUCAAAACUCAGGAUGAGAGGUAUAUAGAUAGUGGAAUCAGGACCUACACGUGGGCACCAGUCAACGGAACAGACUACAGCCUGGCUCUUGUGUUGCCUAAAUACAGUGAACACUUCAUUCAAGCUAAGCUGGGGGAUGAUAUUAAACAAGCCAUGUCGAUGGAGACCUUGCAGCAGGAGAGAUUUGAUGAAUUUGGUUAUACCUACAUUGCUCCAAGGGAGUACUGCAAAGAGCUGAAGUUGUCACUCAACAACACCCAAUUUCUCCUCGACUUCAACCAGUACAUUGAUAGAAACACUCCAGAUGCAUGUAAUGUGUCCCUUGUGAGUCGACUGAUCCUGGAUGCAGGUUUGACAGCUGAACUGGUUAAACUUUGGAGCGAGCAGACCAUGGAUGGGAUAGUGGCCAGGUUUGUAGCUACAGAUGGAGGAAUCACAAGAGUCUAUCCAAGAAGUGCUGGGGAAGAGUGGACUGAGAAUCCUGAGACAUAUGAGUCAAGUUUCUACAAGCGGACCCUGGACAAUGAAAUUUAUGUUUUCACAGCUCCAUCUUUCAACGCAGAGAGCGGGGAGUCUGUGUCUGAGUCAGGUAUUCUGGUGAGCAAAGCAGUGGAUCUUGUCAUUAAUGAAGUCACGCUCAAACCAGCAGUGGUGGGAGUGAAACUCAAUGUCUCAUUCUGGAUGAACAGUUUCAUGAAUGCCACACUGAAACUGAAUUGCAAAGAUGAGAUUUGUGGCUGUCUAAGGAAUGACAAGCAUGUGGACUGUGUGAUACUGGAUGAUGGAGGAUUUCUUCUCAUGUCCAACAAGGAUGAGUACAUUACCCUGAUAGGUCAGUUUUUUGGUGAAGUGGAUCCAGUGCUGAUGACCAACCUGGUCAACACCUCCCUGUACUCCUUGAACAAGACUUAUGACUAUCAGUCUGUCUGUGAUCCAGAGAAAGACAGCAAGGCAGCAGCUGGACCCCGCUCCGUCUAUGUGCCUACCAUUGCAGACUUUCUCAGUAUUGGCUGGUGGGCAUCCACUGCUGCCUGGUCAGUGCUUCAGCAGCUCUUCUUGGGUCUCAUGUUUCCCAGCCUUCUAAAGGCAGAGUCGACAGAUGACGAAAUAUCAGAUGCCAUGUUUAAAGAAAGCUGUAUCACAGAGCAGACUCAAUAUUUCUUUGACAAUGACGAAAAAUCCUACUCAGGUGUCCUGGACUGUGGAAACUGUUCCAGGAUGUACCGUGCUGAGAAGCUGCCAAACACCAACCUUGUGUUUUUAAUCACUGAUGCCAAAGCAACAUGUUUGUCAUGUGACCCCAGACCACUGCGACAGGCUGAACAGCCCUCUGAAGGUCCAGAUCCGUGUGACAUGGUUGAUAAAGCCAGAUAUCGCAAAGGGCCGGACGUGUGCUUUGACAACAAUGAAUAUGAAGACGAUUCUGAUUGUGGAGGAGGGACUUGUCUAAGACCGAGCCUUUGGCCAGUGUUCGGGUUUCAGCUGCUGCUGUUGUGGCUCAGCACAUCUUUGCAACACUCAUGACCCCUACACGCGUUUACACACACUCAUACACUGAUCAUCAAGUCAUUUCGCUGGAGGCCAGAAGACACUCGAGUUGCACCAUACAGGAUGUAUGCAGAAUAUUUGCAAUGAGACAUUUUUAUUUUCUCAAGACCAAUAUCAGCAUUUCCAUUUGCCAAUGCCAAAGGGUGCUCAUUCAUUACCUCCUCAUUAUUUUCAAGAAGAGAGACACAUUUACUGUGCUCAGCUGCACUCAUUUUCAUGAUAUACUCCUUAAUAUUCUCCUAUGGUGCAAGAGUAAGAGCUAACCAAACCCUUUAAUUCUGCCUCAUUUUCUCUUGUGUGUCUGAUUUAUUUUGAGGAGGCUGAAAGAAGUUUUCCCACUAUGCCAACUAAAUCUCAUUCGAAGCCUGUAUGUUCACUGACAGCAUUGAUUUGUGUGGUUGUCGAUAUUGUUUGUUGCUAAUUAUAUUCAUUGUGAAUGAAUAAGUAUGCUGUAAGGAUCGUUUAUUUUGGCAACCAGAGCAAGUAUUAAAAGUAUCCCUUUUGAUUUGUUUUUAAAUGUACUUUACCAACCUAUCUACAUUUCAUUUUUGUACUCAAAAUCAGUAAGCAUUUUGUGUCUAGCUAGGUGUUGUAUUGUAGCAGCAUGUGCUCAGUACAGAGCGAAAGACAACACCGACUUUUUGACACCAAAGCUCCACACAGUACCAAUGACCGCAAACCUACUAAAGAGAAUCUGCACAAUAGUUUAAUUCGAGAUAUUCCUCAGAUGUGGGUGUACAUCAGUAAACGAGCUACAAUAUUAGCUAGAUAUAAUAGAUAUUUCACUAAGACAUAAGUGAAGUCAGGUUGCAUCCAAUGUGAUAAUCUAUUAGGAUAUUGCAAUUUUCAAAUAUAUUUGUAGUUCAAGUGACAGCUUUGGUUGUCUUCAGUUUGAUGCAUCAAAUUCCCAGUGCCUACGUAGUAAAUCAAACUGUCUGGCAUCUGAAUGAAGCAACACAUCAGAUUUGUAUUCUUACCAUGUAUGCUUCUAUGCUAAUGCUUGCUGCAGUUUAGCAGAGAGGGUAGCCCUUGCAGUAAUUUGUUAUGAAAUGGUCCAAAUCUGCUGCAGUUAUUCUAAUUUUUUGGCUUACGGAUAGGUGAUGGAAACAACCGUUGACUUUGAUGAUGAGAGAGGAAUAUCAUUCCCCUCUUUUGCCAAAACAAAGCUAAGCCAGGCUUGAGCUUGGGUUCCAACACCUCUCUUUAUUAAUCCUGUUUCUGUUUCCUUUCUGGAUCGCCAGACUCAGGAGCCAAGAUGACUUGUGAAUGAGAUCAGCAUAUCAAAAUGACUGUUUCUUUGUUUUCUUGCUGUUCUCUUUAUGCUUGUUUCCUCUUUGUGUUGCUCUAUAAGUGCUGUGAAGCAGACGCUGAAGGCUCAGUGUCGAAAUGCUGCAAUGUCAUGGGAUGAGCUUGUUCUGUGUUUGAACUCUGUCUAUGCCUACGAUCAGCAUCAGGGCGUGCUGGAGAGAACUUUGAGAGCAAUCUUUUACCAAUGAUAAUUUUCCAUUGCCUUACUUGGUCUUAGGUUUUAGUAAGUCAUAAAGAUCAUACAUAAGUUCAUCUUUUCCCUGUUUAUUUUUUUUAAGAAUAAAAGUAAAGUUCUCUCCACCUCGCCUUCAUGGUGAUAUACUGGUGUGAUCAGGUUAUGCUGUCUAGCAAAGUUAUGUGUUGACUUGUGUUUUACCCAGAGGGUCCCCUGUCUAUGUGCAGGCAUGUGUGUGUCCCUCCGAUAUCUGAUUGUGCUUUAAUACCGUACAUAAAAUACUCUUUUGUGGAUCUUCACUAGCCUGAAUAAAUUUUGUAUACAUUUGUACACUAAUACUAUUUACUGUAUAAAAGAGAAAAUGGAACAAAUGAAAAAAAUGUUUAUAAUAUGGUGUUAGUUAUU